CAUGUUGCGUGUUAUUACAGUGAAACAGGCCCUGAGGGCCAGCUCACAGCUGGCUGCCACCAGAAAUCCGGAGGCAUGCUCGUACGUGCAGCAGAUCGCGUCGGAAUGGGAAACCGCAAAGCCCUUCAAGGAAAUUCCGGGACCGACACGGUGGCAAUUGUUUCGCGGUUUCCAGAAGGGCGGGCAGUACCAUCAACUGGAAAUGAAUGAAGUGAUGCGCCUGCAUAAACAACAGUUUGGCGACAUAAGCUUGGUUCCGGGACUAUUCGGCAUGCCCUCUACCGUAGUGUUAUUCAAUGAGGAGUCCUUCGAGAGGGUCUAUCGCACCGAAGGUCAGUGGCCCAUCAGAGGUGGCUCCGAACCCGUCAUCCACUAUCGAAGUAAUAGAAAGGAUAAAUUCUUCAAGGAUUGCAUUGGCUUGUUCAGCAAUGGCGUUGAUUGGGGAAAACAGAGAAGCGCAGUGAACCCUGUCCUCAUGCAACAUCGCAAUGUGGCCGUCUACCUGAAACCAAUGCAGAGGGUAAAUCAUCAGUUUGUCCAACACAUCCGGGAAAUUCGCGAUCAGGAAUCCAAAGAAGUGCCCGGUGACUUUUUAAACAGCGUAAAACAGCUAACCUUUGAAUCAGUGGCGACAGUGGCCCUUGACAAAGAAUUGGGACUCCUCCGCGAAACCAAUCAGCCGCCCAAGGCCAGGAAACUCUUCAAGAAUAUUGAGGUCCUUAUGGAAUCGUUCUUUGUCCUGGGCGUCAGACCCUCGAUAUACAAGUACAUUUCCACACCCACUUACAGAAAGUUUAGUCAAGCCAUGGAUGAACUCUUUGACACCUGUUCGACGUACGUAAAUGAGGCUAUAGAUAGGAUUGAGAAGAAAUCGGCGCAAGGCAACUCAAAGGAUUAUAAAAGUGUUUUGGAACAGUUGCUGCAAGUCGAUAGGAAAUUCGCCACUGUUAUGGCCAUGGACAUGCUAAUAGGUGGAGUGGAUACAACCACUUCGGCCAUUUCGGGGCUAUUACUAAACCUGGCCAAGAAUCCGGAGAAGCAGCAAAGGCUCAGGGAGGAAGUGCUAAGCAAAUUACCUUCGUUAGAUAGAGAUUUCACUAUGGAGGAUUUGAAAUCUCUUCCAUACUUAAGAGCAUUCAUCAAGGAAUCGAUGCGUGUGUAUCCAGUCACCUUCGCAAAUGUCCGAUCCGCAGGAACAGAUAUAGUUCUUGAUGGUUAUCGAAUUCCCAGGGGCACACAUCUAAUUAUGACCAACAGUUUUCUACUAAACGAUGAGCGGAUAUAUCCUCGUGCAAAUGAAUUUAUUCCGGAACGCUGGUUACGUCAGAAAGAUGUGAAAGAGGACAGUUCGGAUGUCCUCAUGAACAAGAACACUAGUUCCUUUAUUUACUUACCCUUUGGUUUUGGGCCUCGCUUGUGUGUGGGCAAGAGAAUCGUGGAUCUUGAACUCGAACUAACGUUGUCCAACCUGGUGCGAAAUUUUAAAAUAGAAUAUAAACACCCCAUCGAGAACCCGUUUAAAUGCACAUUUAUAUUUAUGCCUAGAAUUCCCCUUAAUUUUAAAUUUACUGAUUUGAAAUAUUAA